AUGGGAAAUCAGCACCUCUGCUGUAAAGGAUUUUGCACUAAAGGUGUACAGAAAGCCGCAGCUUUACGAGGCAACGAGGCGAGCAGUAGUGUAGUCGAGUUAAUUAGUCCCAUAACCAGCACUAGUACCACCACGAGCACAACUACUACCACUACCACAACAACCACCACUCCAAGCACUACCACCACCACCACUACUACAACUCCGAGUACCACCACCAGUACAACGACCACGACUACCACGACGCCGAAGCCGACUACCACCUCGACGGAACCGCCGAGACCGUUCCUGCAGAUACUACCUAUACAGACAACUCCUAAAAUCAACGCACCCGCUAAAAAAGGCAAGAACCUGAAAUUAGUGUGCCCCAAGUCAGUAGCCAGUGUCCUGUUCCCAAUUCCUUGCGAGAACAACUCACAAUGCCGUCUAACAAGUGGAGCAGACCAGCUGUGCUGUCAAGGUCAAUGCGUGAAAGGCUUGCCCGCACCACGACCGACUGUCAAGGAACAAUCACAUCAACCGAUUCUAGGAGUCAUCCCACGGGAAUGUCCAGCUGCGCCGCUGGGAGAGUUAUUGUUCGAAGUUCAGUCUUGUAAGACAGAUGCAGACUGUUGGCCCAGAGUGUGCUGUCCGGAUGGCACCCGUUCCUACUGCCGGACGGCGAAAGCUCGGUUGGACUUAGUCCCAGUAGCCAAUAGAAUUGAUGGACCUAUACGUAUGCUGGAAUCAUACUUGCAAUGCUCCCCACCACCUGAAGCGGACACAUUUCCACAACGCUGCAGUUCCAGUGUGGACUGUUUCCCUAACUUAUGCUGUGCAGAAGGCGGUAAGAAGCACUGCCGCCCACCACAACGAAGCUUUCUCUCAUUAUUAGCUGGUGCUGCCCAGAGAUUUGGCUGA